AUGGUCGUCCGAUCGACGAACGGAAUCGACCACACGAAGGACUUGGAGGAGGUUUUUCGCCAAGUCAGGAAGUUCGGGAUGCGCCUGAAUCCGGCAAAAUGUACGUUCGGGGUAGCCGCCGGGAAGUUCUUAGGCUUCAUGCUCACGUCCAGGGGAAUUAAGGCUAAUCCAGACAAGUGUGAAGCGGUACUGCAGAUGCAGAGCCCGACCACCCUUAAAGAAGUACAAAGGCUCGUAGGGCGGCUCACGGCAUUGUCCCGAUUCAUCCCAAAGUUGGCCGAACGAGUCAGACCCGUCCUACGAAGAAUGAAGAAGGGAGCCGGCUCGGUAUGGGACGCUGAGUGCGAACGGGCGUUCCAGGACGUCAAAACGAUCCUGCUUAACCCACCCGUGAUGAACCGUCCGGCGCCAGGGGAGGACUUGCAUAUCUUCCUGGGCGUAUCCGAAUCGGCCAUCAGUGUCGUAUUAACACAGGAAAAGCCUCAAUCAAAGCUAGUAUACUUCGUCAGCCGAACGCUCCUGGACCGAGAGACUCGUUACCAACGAGUGGAAAAGGUAGCGCUCGCGCUGUUGAACGCGUCGAGACGCCUCCGGCCUUACUUCCAUAGCCACCAAAUCGUCGUCAAGACCGAUUUCCCCAUCUCGAAAAUCCUAAGGAAGCCAGACCUGGCAAUACGCAUAUGGGCGUGGGCGGUAGAACUGUCCGAGUUCGGCUUGCGCUACGAACCGAGAGGGCCGAUCAGGGGCCAGCACCUCGCCGACUUCGCAGCUGAACUACUUCCCACCCACCAGGACGAGUGGAAUUUGUAUGUAGAUGGGGCGUCCGACAGGUCAGUCUGUGGGGCUGGCAUCGUAUUGGAGGGACCUAACGGAUUCUUGUUAGAGCACUCCUUGAUAUUCAAAUUCAAAGCCUCCAAUAACCAAGCAGAAUACGAAGCUUUGGUGGUCGGCCUAGGAUUGGCAAAGGACAUGGGGGCGAAGAAAAUCACCUGCCGGACGGACUCCCAACUAGUCGUCGGCAAGAUGAAUGGUGACUUUCAAGUGAAGGAGGAGCAUUUGAUGCGAUACUUCCACCGUGCGUCAGAACUGGCAAGGGCGUUCGACCAAAUCACCAUCCAACAUAUUCCGAGGGACGAAAAUACCCGGGCGGACAUGUUAUCGAAGCUCAGCUCGGGCAAAGAGAGGGGACAGCUGACGACCAUCGUGCGACAAGUGUUGUUUCAACCCUCCAUCGACUGUGCGGCAGUGUCUACCAAAGAGGAGGAUUGGUGUUCCGAAGUCAGAGAAAUUAUGUCUCGACAGGAUGACGGACGCCCUGUCCGGCCCAGCGAAGCAAAGAAGAUCGCCCGCUACCUAUUAGUGGGGGACAGUCUGUACAGGAGGGGGUUCUCUACCCCCCUUCUUAAGUGCCUGGGGGAGCAAGAGGCACACUAUGUGAUGGACGAACUCCACAACGGCAUAUGUGGCUUUCACACAGGCGGGCGGACGCUAAAAGCCCGAGUCCUAAGAGCCGGCUACUAUUGGCCGACUAUGGAAGCGGAUACAAAGACGUUCGUCCAGAAAUGCAUUAGUUGUCAGGAGCACGCCAAUGACACUCAUCUGCACCCUCACACGCUGCACACGAUCGUAUCGCCCUGGCCGUUCGCUCAAUGGGGGAUGGAUAUCGUAGGACCGUUUCCCAUAGGCCGGGCCCAGAAGAAAUUCCUGUUAGUGGCGGUGGACUACUUCACUAAGUGGGUAGAGGCCGAGCCCCUAGCAACCAUAACAGCCGCCCAGGUCCAAAAAUUCUGCUGGAAGUUGAUAUGCCGCUUCGGCCUUCCGCGCACGAUCAUCACGGAUAACGGCCGGCAGUUCAUCGACAGAAAACUGACCGAGUUCUUUGAUGGGUUGGGAAUUAGACAUGUCACCAGCUCGUUAGAACACCCUCAGACGAACGGUCAGGUGGAGGCGAUGAACAAGACGGUAGUCGCUGAGCUAAAACGGCGGUUAGGGGAGCGAAAGGGGCGUGGGUCGACGAGCUACCCGAAGUCCUGUGGGCAUAUCGGUGCACGCCGCAUGGAACAACUGGGGAGACCCCCUUUAACUUAA